AUGGAGCAACCUCAAGUCGAAACCAAGCAAGACUCGCCCAUCGAGAGCAACUUCAGCAUGGACAAGCUUCGUGCCGCCCUUCCUGUUGAUGCUGUCCUCAGCAGAUCUCAGUCCAUGUAUUCCAACGUUGGCGGAGACUACUCCUCCAGAUCCGCUUCUGGUUCUUCAGCAUCACACCGUGCUAUGCGUCGUUCAACUUCGAGCGCAUCUCGUCGUCGUACUUCGUUAGCAUCUUCAUCCUUCCGCAACACUCUGAGCAACGAGAACAUCGGCCAUGCUGAGGCCAAGUUCUUUGCCUUCCUCGAGAUGGUCGCCAAUGCUUCAAAGGAAGCCAUCUCGUUGAAGGAGCUUUGGUCACAGAUGGCUGCCGAGCGCCGCAACUUCGCUGCUGAGCGUGAGGAGCUUCGUGAACAGAUCGAAGAGGUCACCUACGAGCUUGAGACCAAACAGCAAGACAACCACAGACACGACGGCGAACUCAUUGAGCACAAGGAGAAGGUUCGUGCCAUCUCCAUCGAGCUCACCACUGCCAUCAACAGACUUGCGGCAGAGAAGAACAAGCUCUCCGAGCGUGACCAGCACAUCGACCGUCUCCGCAACGAACUCAUUGGUCAACAAGAGCUCCAAUCAACCUUCCGUUCUCAGAUCGACCGUCUCAAGGCUGAAUACCAGUCUCACGAGACUUUGCUUAAGGCCAUGCAGGACGACCGCGACGGUGCAAGAGAAGAUGCCGACAGAUACCAGCGCAGCCUCCAGAGGGUUACCCAGGAGCGCACAGAGAUCAGUGCUAGACUUGAGGAGGUUCAGACCAACCUCGACACUCUCCGCAAGGAGGCUCUUAUCUCUGCUGAGCGCAUCAGAAAGUAUGAGCUUGAUCAAGACGAGAAGAUCCACGAGAUCAAUCGUCUCAAGGAGGAGCUCCGCAAGUCUCGCAGCAGAGAGGAGGAAUCUGGUUCAGAGCUUCUCAUCAUCUCCGAGAAGUUCAGCCAGUCCAACCGCGACAUCAGCAAGCUCAAGGAUACUCUUCGCACUGUUGAGGGCGAGCGUGAUGAGCUUACUCACAUUGUCGAUGUCAAGAACCGCGAGAUCAAGUCAACUAUCGCCAGACACGACGAGGUUCAGACUCUUCUCCUUGAGAAGACCACUCAGCUCGACGGCCUUAGACGCGAGCUCUCCCUCUUCGAAGACCGCCUCCGUAGCGCCGAGCUCGAGAGAGACGAGAAGCACGAAGCCCUCGAGCACUCUCGCGAGCAGCACAAGCUCGUCAUCAUCACCCGCGACGAGCUCCAGAACGAGCUCAUCACUGCCCAGGGCAAGGUUGACGCCUACAAGCGCCAGAUCAACCUUCUCACUGACACCGCUCAAAAGACUGAACAGGUCAUCAUCGACUCCCGUGCCGAGAUUACUAACCUCAACGGCACAGUCAAGGGCCUUGAGCGCGAACGCCUCGACUGGCAGAAGAAGAACACCACCCUCAACGACCAGCUUGUCGAGCUCAAGGGCCGCAUCGUCGUCCUCACAGCCGAAAUCCACGAAGCCAGCGGCGACCGUGAGGGUCUCCGCGAAGAGCUCCGCAGAUCCCGCGAGGAGCUCGAAGAAGUCACCGAGACCUACACUCAAGACGAGUCCGCCGAGUUCGAAUUCGAGCUCGAGAACAUGCGCACCAUGCUUCGCGAAGCUCGCGAGCAGAAGGAGCAAGCCAUUGCUGCCCGUGCCUCUGCUGACCGCGAGCGCGAUGAGGUGUACUCCAAGUACGAGACCAAGUGCCGCGAACUUGAGCGCUUUGAGGAGGAGGCUGCCUCGCAGAUGCGUGCUAUUGCUCAGUCCUCUGGCAGCAAGUCUUCGACCACCACUACUACCAAAAAGAGCAGCAGAGUCUCUGGUGGCAGCAGCAGCAUGAUGCACAGUGAGCAGCAAUCGUGA